AUGCUCAACGGCGAGUUCAUAUUGACUGUGGGCAACCAUUUCAUCGCGCUGCGGAAGAAUGAUGGCUGUCUAGAGGUGAACUUUGGGCGCCGGACGCACGAGUGGCAAAGCGCGUGCCGCUGGCAGACGAGUGUGCCCAUUGGUUUCGCAGAGGAUAUCGGCCAGUGGCUGAUUGACCCGGACAUUGAUGCUGCGCAGGAUGGUGGGCGAGAUCUCGUCGGCGGCAGUGUCGCUGAUGUCCCCAGCCAGGUGAGUAAGGAGAUCGUCCGCAACAUCGGGGACUUGCGGUCCGUGGCGCAAAUGGAACGUGUGUGCAGAGACUUUCGGGAUCUAGUCACGCAGCCUGACGUGUGGUCCGGGCGCAACGCUGGCGCACUCCCCGCAGAUGUGUUGCAGGCCAAGUGGCUGACUGGCGGCGUGUCCUCUCUUGGCAGCGCAGUCGCCACGUCUCGCGUGCUGGCAUUAGAGUGGCCGGUCCGAGCCACAUGCACGAAUCUGUGUGGAUCCUCUUACCGUUCUUGGCGGACAAAGCAAGCGGCAGUGUCGCCUGUGUACUUCGAGCUCUGUGCCGUGGACGAGAUCGACCGGUGUGUCAUCUCCGUCGGCAGCCCUAGGGCGGCAGACAGCGACGCCUCCCAGGACCGCUGCUGGUGUCACAUCUUGCGCCCAUUCGAAGACACAAUGGCGAUUGAGAUGGGUCACAAUCACCGAGGUGAACCCAAUGCCGCGCACUUUGCUUGGGUGCCAUCCGUAGCUCCGGAAAGAUUACUGCAGGUGCAGUGGUGGAAUCAGGCUCUAGAGGUCUUGCUGGAUGGCCACACGAUUGGAUCGGUCUCUCUUGGAGAGUGCAGUAUUCCGCAAUGGUCUGAGGUGGUAGUGUCCACUUUCGGUCCAAUGCAGUUGCCUGGGAUGUCAGGUGGAAGCAGAAGCCGCUUUCUUCGCACAGAGGUCGGGACCCAGUCGCUCAUCCGCCGAGAGGAUGCGCGUGCUGGGAGCCCCGACUUCUGUACGUGCGCUCAUCUGCAAACUUCUUUUCUGCAGGACCUGGCAGAUUUCCUGGCAGUUGGGUCGUGCAACCAUUUCCUCCGACAGUCCAUACAAGAGAGCCAUUUCUGGCAAGGAGUGGACCUGGACUUGACAGACCAUCUCAGUGUUCCUUUUCGACGCAGGAGUUUUUUUGUGCAUCUUCUUGGAGCGUGGUCGAGGGGUAUCAGAAGUUUAUCGUGUCCGCACAACUUCUUGCACUACCUCUCCGCGCUGGACGGAAAAUUAUUUCUGCGGGGGAAAGGCGAAUACCUUCCCUGCGUAGUCGGACCGCGCCAAGUCCCAGCCUCCAACAGAAUUAUCUACUGGAGAUCGGAGAGGCAGACCUGUGGCUCUGUCGCCUUGGAGUGCUCCGUCCCUGCAGGAGCUUUGUUCCUGGUACUGGCUCUGCGCCGUGCCGAACAUGGGAGCACACCGGACAACAGCACGUGCGUCGUGCUGCGGAAGCCACUAGAUCCUGCAGGAGGAAUACAGUUCCGAUUGUCCGAUGGACUGCGCGUCCCAGUUCCGAUUCCCAGUUUCAUGUCCUCGACCCGAGCCAGCACACACAAGUUCGAGUUCCGGUGGCAAACUGGGUUUUUGGAAUUCCUCUUUGAGGGCCAGCUCGUCAGCACAGUGCCCCUGACACAGCAGCAGGAUGUGGAGCCGUGGGUCCGUGCAGCGGCUAUGUGCGUGGCAUCUCCCGCGCGCACACGCACUGAUUUUCAAAUACAUUUAUUGCCUUUCCAAUACUGCGCCUCCUUCGGUCAUCCGACAUGCGCCUACUGCCCGAUGACGAGCCUUGCCUGCUGUCAGGCUUGCCAGCACUGGUUUUGUCAAGAACAUGGCCUCAGUGGCAGCGACAUGUGCCUCUCCUGCAUGCCAGAAUCCUUUCUAGAGGAUCGCUUGGCCGGGACCUCGCUCCCAGAGCCGGCUGGCUGGAGAGCGGCGGUAGAAGGACGUCGGCUGGUCGCUCUUCGACGUCAAUAUUUACGUUUUUCAGGCGAUGCAGCAGCCUUCGACCUCCUGUGCGAGCGAAUACAAAGUGUGGAAGAACAGAUGUGCGCUGCCGAGACAGACGAUUUCUGCGCAAGAGAGGAGCUUCGCACGCAACUGGACGAUGUUGCCUUCCAAAGACUUGCGCGAGCUAUCAACAGUCUGGAGACGGGCGGUUUCUUCACAGUGAGCAGAAGCUGCCGAAGCAUGGCUGGACAGAAUAGUCUGAUCGAUUUCGGCUUGCAGACUUGUCUGCCAGAGUGCUUGCGAACAGGUCGGUGGCCACGGUCAGUGUGCGUGGCAACGCCGCAGUCUCUCAAUGUGGAGAAACUGGCAGGGAUUGAUGUGCUGGAUGUUCUUGCAAUCUUGCAUCCACACGGCCGAGACGCACACCUCCAGUUUCGCGAUCUGGAUCACUCGUACACCUGGCAAGGUCGCAGGGUUUCUACGUCGGUAACGGGGCUGAUUCAUUCUUUGGCUGCACGGUUCCAUGCACCUGAAGCAUUGCGCGCGAUGCGCAGCGGCAGGAACUGGCCCAGACCGGAAUACGUCGCAUCUGACAUGGUACAGCAGCUACGAGCCGUUCUACGGACGGACGGGCCGGCUGAAUCCGAACUGCUGCGCCUUUUGGCAGAGCCUCGGGUUGAUGUGGAGGCUGUCUGCAGGCGGCUGCGCGAUCUGAUCUGGACUCACCCAGGGUACGAAUAUCUUGCCACCGUGGCGAGCUUGACAGAUGCGGACAUUCUCCAGCAGUGGGAGGGCAAUCGCAGAGUCGCGGCAGCCGCCGGAACCUGGAUGCAUGCCAAAUGUGAGUGCUUACUCAAUGGAGGCCAGGUCCCGACAAACUCACCCGAGAUGUGCAUGUUCCUCAAAUUCCUUCGCGAGUUCCAAGCAGAGGGCUGGAUAUUCAGGAGGACAGAGUGGACCAUCUACGCAGACGCGGAGGAUCUAGCCGGCUCCAUCGAUGCCGUUGCUGCGCGCGGCGCGGACAUCUGCCUCUUAGAUUGGAAGAGAACAAAGCAGCUGGCUUCGAAAGAUGCUAGUUUCGGCCGCUGCCUUCAGCAUCCUCUGGAAGCUCUCCCGGACACCGUCCUAUGGCACUACCGGGUUCAGUUAAACAUAUAUGCUUGGAUUCUCCGGACAUAUUACGAGGUGAAUGUCACGGACCUGCGUGUCGUCUGUCUCCAUCCAGACAACGGCUUCUCUGCUCUGGUCAUUGAAGUUCCGCUUUUGUUCGACUGCAUAGAUCAUCUCAUGUCUUGGCGACGAGACGACUUGCAGUCGCAAAUGCUUUUGACCGCGGAGCCAGUGGAUGAUCUGCGGGCAGGAAGCCAGGAAAGUGACAUGUCCUUCUCGCGGAGAGUGGAACUGGAGCUCGAAGCUGGCCUGCUGGACGAGACGCCGCCUGCGGCAGCGCCUGUGCCGAAGAGAGCGCGAACUGACCUUGCUGGGAAGCAGUCUGACGUGGAUACGGCAGUCUCGGACUUCAUGCGGAUAGAGAUCGACGACCUGAUGCUAGGACACGAGGUCGAGACACCCACAGAGGACGGCGACAUUCUUCUGGAAGUUCAACGAAAUCGCCUGGCCGUUGAGAGUUUCCCAGGGAGCGGACCGUGGACGACGGACUUCCAGCACAUUGUCCAAGGUGCCUUGGCCGUCCAAAACCUUCGUCUGCUGGACAUAAGCAGAAGAGAAGAAGUGCUGUUCCUGGAGCUCAUUGAGGGGUGCGGGCGCCACGUUCGUGCUCAUGACGGUCAGUGUUUUUUCUACUCUGCGCAUGGAUACUGGGCGGCGUACAAUGGUGUUAUCCCGCAAGGCACCCUGGCCCGGUGCAAGAGUUUCUUAAUGCAUCUGGAAGGCCUGUACUCCAUGUUUGGAGCACAGGUUCUUCGGCGCACUGACAGCAUCCUGGCAGAGGCCCAACGGCUGCUGGAACAACACAACCAAUCUUGCUCGGCUCUGUUGGCAGAAUGUCUACGCGCAGCCAUCUGCAGAGUUCCCACGCGCGCCAAGAAGCCAGGCCAGGAGGAAGACGAGGAGGCAUGCGAAGGCCGUGGCGGCGGUGCCACUUCGUGGACCCAGGCCAUGGCCAACACAAUCGGGAAGCUCUACGUGAAGCUGCGUCUUGGCAUAAUGUAG